GAAGAAAAUAAGAAGAUGGGAAUGACGUUGACUUUCCUUUACAAAUUUCUUCUUCUUCUUCCUUGCCCGAGUUUUUCUGUUGAUCUAAAUUCUCGGAAUCUGGGGAUUUUCUUUUCCCGGUGUGUCUAUCUCGCCGGGAAACUCUAAUAAACCAUCUUUUCUUACUUCUCUAUACUAUCCUACGAUUGCUUUUCGAUUUUUUUUUGUCGGAAUUGUUGUUUGUGUAAUAUUCUCGAAAGCUCGGUCUCAACAAUGGGAACUCCAGAAUUUCCAGAUCUGGGUAAACACUGCUCCGUCGAUUAUUGCAAACAGAUCGAUUUCUUGCCCUUCACAUGCGAUCGCUGCCUUCAGGUGUAUUGUCUGGAUCAUCGUAGCUAUAUGAAACACGAUUGUCCAAAAGGAAACAGAGGAGAUGUCACUGUGGUUAUUUGUCCAUUAUGUGCUAAAGGAGUUAGAUUAAACCCUGACGAAGAUCCCAACAUCACCUGGGAGAAACAUGUUAAUACAGACUGUGAUCCAUCUAACUACGAAAAAGCUGUCAAGAAGAAGAAAUGUCCUGUUCCUAGAUGCAGAGAACUCUUGACAUUCUCCAAUACUAUUAAAUGUCGAGAUUGUAGCAUCGAUCAUUGUUUGAAACAUCGGUUUGGACCUGAUCAUAGUUGUUCUGGACCCAAGAAGCCUGAAUCGAGUUUCUCAUUCAUGGGUUUCUUGAGUACAAACACAAAAGAAGCUCCUGCAUCAUCAUCAUCUUCUUCGAGAUGGUCUAGUCUUUUCGCUUCUGCGGAAGCAAGUAUUAGUAGACUCGGUAACGAUAUAAGCCAGAAGUUACAGUUUGCGAGUGGCAAUGAUGGCAAUUCAGAGAAAACGCAAGAGAGGAAUGGAAAACAGAAUUGUGGCAAAGUUACGGUUGAUGUUUGUCCCAAAUGUAGUAGAGGGUUUCGUGAUCCGGUGGAUCUAUUGAAGCAUAUCGAUAAGGAUCAUCGUGGCACUUCUAAAGCCUAGAAGAAAGGAAGUGGUUUUAUAUUUGUGUGAUUUGUAUCAUUCUUUGUAACACAGCCAGGAAGAAAGAAAUUUCCAUAUUCUUUUGAGCUCGGUUUUUGUUUUGUCGAAUUGGUUUUCCUGGUCUAGGAGAUAACUGAAUUUGGAAAAUCCCUCUCAAAUCUUAAUUAAGAAAAUAUAAUUUCUUUUAAAAUAAAUAAUUGAUUGGAUAAUACUUCGAAGUAUGUGUUGGGCUUCGGGCCGAAAAUAACGGGACUUGGAAGGCACACAAUCUGAGAAUUUGCUAUAUAAGAGGGCGAGACAGGUAGGGUUUGGAGCACAGCUUUGCUUUUGAGUUCGGGAACCACUUUGCCCUGACCUGUCAGUUAAUUACAGUUAGAAAUCCAGUCAUGGUGGUGGGUGCGGUAGCAAGAUAUGUGAAAUCGAUGUGGUCAACUCCCGAGGGUGUUACAGAUCUAAUCAUGGCAAUGGGAUUACCAUUCGUAGGUUUGAUUAUUUACGAACAGGAAAAGCAACUUGCUAUCAUCAGAGAGCACAAGAAGGUUUUAGGACGAUUUUUGGGAGGAAUGGUCAUAGUUAGAGAGGAGUGAUCGGUCCUAGAUAAUCCAAAAAAGGGUGUUUUUCUUUUACUAAAGGUUUUUAUAUUAUUCUCCAUAAAUGUUUCCAUG